GCUGCAGCCGACACCCAACCAACCCGUGCAGACUAACCCCAGCGAGCCACGCAGCCCCGUCCACGCCGGCAGUGCUUCUCCUUUGUGGGGCUUAAGCAGGGAGCCCAGGAAACCCAGCCGGGACAAAGGCAACAGAGCAAAAUGGCUGCCAUGACAAUAAACCCCUUGGAGCAACCUCGAAUGUACCAGCAGACGUUGCUUCAGGACGGAUUGUGUGACCUCUUGGAGAAUGACAAAUUCGUGGACUGCAUUCUCAAAAUCCAGGACCAGGAGUUCCCGUGCCAUCGCCUGGUCCUGGCCGCCAGCAGCCCGUUCUUCAAGGCCAUGUUCCUGUCCGACCUGGAGGAGAGCAAGAAGAGGGAGAUAGUCCUCAAAGACGUGGACCCCAAAGUCAUGGCGCUGAUCCUGCGCUACCUAUACACGUCUGAGAUCAAUCUGACGGAGCAGAACGUUCAGGACAUCUUCAUGGUGGCUAACAUGUACCAGAUCCCGUCGAUAUUCUCCGUGUGUGUCUCAUACCUCCAGGAGAAGCUGGUGCUGGGAAACUGCCUGGCCAUCUUCAGACUGGGCCUCCUUCUCGACUGUGCCAGGCUCGUCCUGUCCGCCAGGGACUUCAUAUGCGAACGCUUCCAGGUGGUCGUCAGGGACCAGGACUUCCUGCAGCUCGGCCCCAGCGAGCUGGCCAUGAUCAUCACCUCGGACGCCCUCAACGUUGAGCAGGAGGAGCUGGUGUUCGAAUCGCUGAUGGCCUGGAUCAAGCACGACGAGACCAGCAGGCUCAAGGAUCUGCCGGAGCUGCUGCACUGCGUCCGCUUCAGGCUCAUUUCCACAGACUACUUCAAAGACAAAGUAGAAAAGCACCAGUACAUCCGCUUCAACCAGGAGCUCGUGAAGGAGCUGGAACUCGUCAAAGAUGCUCACAAAGGGCGCUUCCCCAAGCCAAAGAGGCUGAGCAGUGAUGGAAAGAAGGGGAAGGAGGAUGAGGAGGAGGAAUACCUACCGGGGAUACUCAACAACAACCCUCGCUUCGGCAUGUUUGAGUUGGACCUGAUGCUCAUGAUCACCAACACAGGAACCGUCGCCUACGACCCCGUGGGAAACGAGUGCUUCGUGGUGUCCGAGUCGACGGAGAUUCCCAAAAACCACUGCAGCCUGGUGACGAGCCAGAACCAGAUAUUUGUUGUUGGAGGACUUCUCUACAAUGAGGACGACAAAGACGAACCCUUCAAGUCCUACUUUCUGCAGUUUGACCCAGUCAGCUCAGAGUGGUUGGGGAUGCCCUCACAACCCAACCCCCGCUGUCUGUUUGGCCUGACUGAAGCGGAAAACUCCAUCUUUGUUGUCGGUGGCAAAGAACUAAAGGAGGGAGAGCACGCUCUGAGCUCAGUCAUGAUCUACGACCGGCAGUCAUUCAAAUGGGGAGAGUCGGACCCGCUGCCCUACGAAGUGUACGGUCACGGAACUGUUUCACACAAAGGUCUCAUCUACGUCAUCGGAGGGAAGUCUCAGAGCAAGAAAUGCAUGAGAAGGGUCUGCGUCUACAACCCCACCAAGUUUGAGUGGAAGGACCUGGCCCCUCUGAAGACGGCCCGCUCCCUGUUCGGCGUCACCGUCCACAACGAUCAGAUCUUUGUGGCCACAGGCGUCACGGACUCGGGCCUCACCAGCUCCGUGGAAGUCUACGACAUAGCCACUAACAAGUGGUCGGAGUUCACAGAGUUUCCUCAGGAUCGCAGCUCCCUCAGUGUGAUCUCGCUGGGAGGUUCUCUGUACGCGGUGGGGGGCUUUGCCAUGAUGCCCAGUGAGACCAGUGAGGACCCCGUCCCAACGGAGAUGACUGAUAUCUGGAGAUAUGACGAGACGGACAAAUACUGGAUCGGGGUUUUGCGGGAGGUCAGUUACGCGGAGGAUUCCACCAUCGUCCCAGCUCGUCUCAACACUGUCCGUCUCACCAAGUUAUAACUGAACUCAUCUGUUGUGAGGUGUUGUGAGGUUUAUGAUGUCAAAACUAAUCCUGAAGUAAAUGAGAGCAGCCACAAGGGACCCGAAACUGGUCACAAAUUAACUCAAGGGGAACUUAUGAACUAUGAAGAUGAUAAAAGGAGGGAGGUGGGUUGUAAAUCAGCAUCAAGUUGUCAUGUCAUGUGUCGGACAGCAGGGGGAGACAAACACACGCCAAAUGUUAGUGCAUAUCUGUUUUAUAAGAAGCUACAAUGCUGGUUUGUACAUUUUCUUUUUGGUAUAUUAUUUCAUUAAAUAUCUUUAUUACACGUAAUGCUGGAUUCAAAAAGUAAUAAAGAGGACUAUGCUAAAUACA